UUCUCUGUCUCUAGCCGCAAGUUCUAGAUUAGCUGUCGGCUAAAAAUGUUUUCACAAUGGUUUCAAGAAGCUGCGCCUAAUCCACACAGCUUACAGAAGCAACGGAAGAUCGUUAGCUACCUAGUGCGUUACUUUCAGGUGAAUGCACCGUUUAAAGUGUCACAGGUCAUUGAGGCAGGAUCUCUUGGUAUGGGAACAACUACAAGUAGCAAAGCUGAUAUUGAUAUCGUGAUCAUGAGCAAAGAUUUACCUCAGAAGAGGCAUAACACCUGGCUGCCUUCUCAACUUGAGAACCUGCAACAUUUGAUUGAGCGCGCUUCACGUGGUCAGCCUAACAUAGAAUCGUUUCCUGAACUGGGAGAAGAUGCUCCACAGACAUUGCCUCGUUGCACGGACUUCUUCAUUACUCGAUUUGCUCUUCAAUUCAAAUGCAGUGGAUUGGAAGUAGAUCUGCUUAUAAGCUAUGACUGGGAGCUCGAUCCGAAAGGAUACAAAGGUCUGUUUGAUCUUUGCUACAGCGAACGUAAUGAAGAAGCAAGGCUGUGGUAUUCUGCAGCUGCUGUAAAACUUCAAGUGGAGUUUAUCAGGAGUCAAUCAAAUGAGGUAAAAGAAGUGAUCAUUUUCAUGAAGCACUGGGCAAAGGAAAAAGUCGCGUGGAGCCAUCUAAGUCAAAAACCAAAAUCUUAUCUUUUGUCUUUGCUGGUGGUCAGAGCAGCUGAGGAGGUUAGCAGGACGUUUUCAGCAAGAGAAAAUACCAUCAAUCGAAAGAUUGGUAUUAUUGGAGCUCUCGCCAGACUCGUCCAACAAGAUCGAUUGAAUAUUGCUUGGUCAAAGUAUUAUGACUCAACAUAUCAAUAUCAAUCAAUCUGGAAUGCUAAAAGAAUUAUUCGAGAUCCUGCCAAUCCUGUCAACAAUGUCGCUGAUUCUGGGCUGACCAACUGGAGUCAGUUCGUUCCAAAAGUUGUUGGGCUAGCUCGGUCUUUAGGUCAACAUGUUUAAGUAAAGAGAGCGUACAAACCGCGCUCUUUUUAAAACACUGAAACGAAUAGACAUUCAUGUAGUGACAAAUCUACUGCAAUGAUGGCCUUUGCUGUUGUAGUUUGGUCGGUUAGCUGCAUUAAUUGCAAUUUAUGCUUUUUUCAUGGAGUUGUUGCUACUCGUGUUUGGGCCCAUUAGCAAACUACAGUCUUUGUUUACAUCACAACUCACACUGUAUCAGAUAUGAUUGAUGUACAU